AGCGCCUCGGCGCCAGCGCUCGCGCCGUCGGAGCGCCGGCAGGCGUCGCUGCUGAGGUGGCAGGCCCUGCCUGUUGAGACGACGCCCCCUCCGCGGCGCGCGGAGCGGUUCUGCGCGCUCAGCGCCGAGGCCGCAGCGGGCGCGCGGCUGGGGGGCACCAGGCCGCAGAGGACAUUGGAGCUGUUCAAGGCUGCUGCGGACGGCGACGUGCCGCGGCUUCGGGCGCUGGUGGAGGCCGGCGUGGACGUCGACGCGGCGAACGAGUACGGCCAGACGGCGCUGCACGUGGCGGCCUGGCGCGGCCGCGCGAGUGCCGUGCGGCUGCUGUGCGGCUGGGCCGGGGCGGACCCUCGAGCUGCUGCGCACGGCGGCGCCACGGCUGCGUCCGUGGCCGCGGCGCGC